UAUAGCGAGUUGAGAGGAGAUGUUGUCGUCCUGGGCGGUUACAGAGGAUCAAGAUUGAGGGAUGCCCAGGCUGACAGACGUGUUUGGGUGCCUAUGGGCGAGGCAUUGCUUGGACCGAAGAAACAUAAUGGCGUUGAUAUCGGCAUUGGGCUCCACGAGGAGGAUGAAGAUGAAGAAGAGCGCCGCAUACAUCCCGAAGGGACAAUCGACCAUAUUGGACCCGUGGAUAUGAGUCGAAGGUUACUGCGAAAGUUGAGACGACAGGAAAAGAAAGGUCAUAUUCGGGUUCAUGAAUGGGGAUAUGACUGGCGACUGUCGUCUCUACGAUCAGCAAAGAAGCUCAUCGCGUUUCUCGAGUCACUGCCAUGCAACAACAGGUAUGGUAGCUAUCCACAGGGAGCAACUGUCAUUUGUCAUUCAAUGGGUGGCCUCGUUACGCACUAUGCUGUACAGACCAGACCGGAGCUGUUUGCUGGCGUUCUCUAUUGCGGCACGCCCUUUUCACACUGUAUCAACAUCCUCGGUCCUCUACGGCAUGGAGACGUCGUCUUGAACAACAAGAGUUUAUUGCGAGCUUCUGUCAACUUUAGCUUCCGGAGCUCGUAUGUCUUCCUGCCAGAGAACGGUCGAUGCUUCGUGGACAAAUCUGGUGAAGAGGAGAAAGAGAUCCGUGUGAACUUUUUCGACUGGAGAACUUGGGCGUAUUACGGUUUGGCACCUUCUGUUAACAUGAGCCACCCGGCGAAAAUGACGGGCGAGGGCUUUGCACCGGAGAUGGGUGGAAGGAGUUCCGAUGACGAUGUACGGGCACCCCCUUGCUCGCAUAUCCUCGCGGAAACUGUGCCUUACCUCAAGAGAACACUCGAGGAGACUCACGAGUUCUUGAAGGUGGUACGUUCGUACAACCCGGAAAAUGCCAGUCGAUAUCCACCAUUCGCAAUUUUAUACAGCAAGGCUCUCCCCACUGUUAUUGGUACAAGGGUUGAUGGUGAACGAGGGAUUCUUGAAGGGAACUUCAGCGACUAUAUUUAUGCGAGAGGUGAUGGGGUUGUCACCGCAAAAUCAUCGCAAAUGCCAAAGGGAUUCAAGCCUGUAGAGCGGGUGUUGUCAGACCGAGGUCAUGUUGGUUUAUUGGGAGAUUUGCCUGGUAUUGGAAAAGCACUCGUGGCUUUACAGGACGCA